UGAGAGUGUCACAACAAUCAUGGCGGCCAGAAAGCACGAGUACAGAGUUACACUGCCGGCAACUGAUGCAGAAGAUGUCGAUUUGACAAUUGAGGAUAAUUUUGCUGUAUUCGAAGAGGCAGAUAUACAAGAGAAGAGACCUGUGAUCAUUUUACUCGGCUGGGCUGGCUGUGUUGACAAGCAUCUCGCAAAAUAUAGUGAAAUCUACGAAAAGAGAAGAUUGAUUACAAUCCGCCAUAUCUUUCCAACUGAUGCUUUGUUCUACAACUUUAGUCUACUGAAGCCGAUUGCUAAGAAGGUUCUUGAUGUUGUCUUUGAGGAAAACCUGGAGGAACACCAGAUUGUGUUCCACAUCUUCAGUAACGGCGGCUGCUUCAUCUACUGCCACAUCACCGACUUCCUCCACUCCCAAGAGAGGUACAAUCAGCUGCUGGUCAAGGGAUGCAUCAUCGACAGUGCUCCAGGAAAGAGGCGAAUAAUGAAAGCCACACAGGCAUUCAUGGCUACACUCCGCAUGAACCUCAUCCUCAAAUACAUCCUUGGAUUCUGCAUCAUGAUCUAUCUGUUCUUCUCCAGGCUUAUUGGACAAUUCCUAGGGAGUGAUAAGGGUUCUGGAAACCCGUUUUUCUUGUUUGAAAGCAUCUGUGAAGACAAAGCAAGGUGCCCACAGCUGUUCCUCUUUUCUCGCAAGGACCGUGUGAUUAUGCAUGAAGAUAUUCAAGAAGUUGUUGAUCGCCGCAAGCAGCAUGGAGUCGAUGUAUGGAGUGUAUGCUGGGAAGAUUCGGAUCAUGUCGCUCACUUCCGAGUCCACCGAGAAGCGUACAUACAAAAGUGCAAUGAGUUUGUCUCCCACUGUCUUAAGCCACAGAAACUGAGUUGACUAAGUAA